CCAGCAGCGGUGGGAGCCGAGGAGGAGGAGGAGGAGGAGGAGGAGAGGGAGCGACACUGCUGGAUGUGAGCUCGGACUGUGGAGCGCGAGGACCGCGGGCUCGCCUUAACCCCACUUACGGGCCGCUGCUCCACACAGAAGACGAAGCACUAAUGAGCAGCCGUCAGCCUUUAGAUGAGUAAGACACAACAAAGGAACCUGAGCAUCAAGAGUCCACACUAACAGUGGUACGCUGGCACAUCCUCUGGAGGCUCCUCAGUGACGCACAUUCUCCAACAUGAAUCGCGCUUUCAACAGGAAAAAAGCUGCUCGUAAAGAUGCCCUUUUAUGCAGCAACGGGGGAAAAGAAGAUUGGGCCUCACACCUCACCUGCUUUAAUCAGACCAGAGUGUGCUGAUGCAUUAAAACAAUGCCAGCCUAGCCGUCACGCUGCCACUGUGUCAGCUCCCACCGCUCGCCUUCCUGUUUCUUCACACCCUGGUAGAAUUUCCUGGUGCCCAGCGGUAGAAUUAGUGGGACAUACGGUCCAGUACCACAGACCGGAACAGCUGCAAGGUUUCACUCCCGCAGAGAGCACCUGUUGCGUGUCUCCCUGCCACCUACGAUAAGACAUGGAUGCACACUCCAGACGCUCUGGCCAAGCAUUAUAUACCCUACAAUGCCAAGUUCCUUGGAAGCACAGAGGUUGAAGCACCAAAAGGCACGGAGGUUGUGAAGGACGCCGUUAGAAAGCUGAAGUUUCAGAGGCACAUCAAGAAAUCCGAGGGACAGAAGAUCCCCAAGGUGGAACUGCAGAUCUCCAUUUAUGGCGUGAAAAUACUAGAGCCCAAGACAAAAGAUGUGCAGCACAACUGUCAGUUACACAGGAUAUCGUUCUGUGCAGAUGACAAGACCGAUAAAAGGAUAUUCACUUUUAUUUGCAAAGACUCGGAGUCCAACAAACACCUGUGCUACGUGUUUGACAGUGAGAAGUGUGCAGAGGAAAUAACUCUGACUAUUGGCCAGGCCUUUGACCUGGCCUACAAGAAGUUCCUGGAGUCUGGAGGCAAAGACGUGGAGACCAGGAAACAGAUCGGAGGCCUGCAGAAAAGAAUCCAAGAACUGGAAACAGAAAACUGUGAGUUAAAGAAGCAGCUCCAGGACCUGGAGGAGCAGCUGAUGAUUGCUCACGUGCCACCGCAGCUGCACAUGAACGCAGCUAAUGAGGCGUACGCGCUGCAGAGGCCCUCCUCUCUCUACUGGUGCCACAGCAUCACGUCGCUCUCCUGUCUGGAAAUCUCCUCUGUAACGCUCACGCCUAUGAGCUCGCCAGAGUCCAACCUGUCCACCGGGCUACUAACUCCUCCGCCUGCCAAACCUGCUCCUCUUCCUCCUAAGCCUAGUGAGGGAUGCAGCAUCCCACGGCCUCGCGCGGGGAGCAUCUCCAUUAAACCACAAUCCACGGACAUAUUUGACAUGGUUCCUUUUUCCCCUGUGACUCCACUGAUUUCCACCCUGGCCAGCAAUGGCUGCCCACCACCGCCACCGACCACACUGCCACCAGACAUAAGGAAAGACUUGUUUGGAGCUGAGCCAUUUGAUCCGUUCACAUGCGGCGCAGCUGACUUCCCUCCAGACAUUCAGUCCAAGCUGGAUGAGAUGCAGGAGGGGUUCAAAAUGGGACUGACCUUAGAGGGCACCGUGUUCUCCCUGGACCCGCUGGACAGCCGCUGCUGAUGCCAAGAACAUGCUCUUUGUCGCAUACUUUUAACUUGUUUGUAUGAAGAAGUGCCAAAUUCCACUCCACAGAGUCAAGAUGUCACCGUUUACGUCUUGAGGUUUAUAUGCAUUUGCAUUUCGAUUGGUUUUUUGGAUAAUUUAAGGUAAACUCAGAUCCAUUGUAGAAAAGAACUAUUUUUGUAAGAAAAACAGCAAAAAAAAAACUCUUGAAGGAGUACUUCUGAGUAUUGAUGCUUGCACAGACAGACAGACAGAGUUGUACUGGAAUUCGUUGAGCGGUAUACUGUGGACCAUGCACCAGCUGUCUGCCAAACACCAGCUGGUGAGAAAUAGAGAAGAAACCUGCACCAUUAACCUUCAGCCAUAACGUCAUGAGCAGUAGCUCCUUUUAUGCGACAAGUCGCACAAUAUGUACUUAAUUAUACCAGCUGGAUACUUUUUAGCUCGCCUAUGUUAUCAGCGUGGUUUUGACCAUUCCAGUAUUUACUGUGUGUCUUAAUUUGCUUUCUUAUACAGUCAUUUCAGACCCUUCUCUCACCAAGAGGCACUUUUGUUGGGCAACCCCUGUCCAUCUGCAGUGCUAUUAUAUUUACUUUACUUUUAGAUCCAUUGACUUUGAUGUUACAACUAUUAAAGAAAAUCCUACUGCAAAAAACGGA